AUGGAGGUGAUCAAGAAAAAUGGGUUGUUGACCCUACCCAUCACCUGUGUCUUCCUUAUCUCGGGUGUAGCAGUGAACAUCGGCCAACUAGCACUCUACUCAACAGUGCGACCCUUCUCCUUAAGCACCUACAGAUACUUGAAUCAGAAGCUCGUGCCGUUAAACUGGAGUUUAUUCGUAUGCCUGGCCGAUUGGUGGGCUGGGCUUAAUAUGAAGCUGUAUAGUAAACCAGGUGAAUGGGACAAAGUGGGGCAAGAUCAGGCUUUAGUGUGCUUGAAUCAUGCAUCGGAUAUUGACUGGUUGCUAGGCUGGAUGGUUGCUGAACGCUUUCAUAUGUUGGGAGGCACAAAGGCACUGAUGAAGGAGUCGGCAAAGUAUCUUCCCGUCCUGGGAUGGAGUUGGUUCUUCAGCGAGUUUAUUUGGCUUAAAAGAAAUUGGAACGCUGAUAAGAACGCUAUGGGAUCUGGUUUGCAAUCGGUGUGUCUGCCUAUGAUGUAUGUAUAA